CAUGGUUGAGUAAUUAAUUCGGAACAAUCACAAGCUUUGGCGGGAUGCCAAUUGUUUUUAUUUUUCACUUUAUAUAAAAAUAAAGUUAUAAUUUCAAGUUUCAACCUUUUGAACAGUGUAACGCCCUCUCUCUCUUUCUCUCUCUUUGCCUGUGAUGUUUGACAUCUUUUUCCUCAUUUUGAUUGCGAAUUGAUUCAAAAAAUCAAAUACCCAUUUGAAUUUUACUGGUUUUUCACGCUUCCCAUCGCACUAUCUUUGUCAGAUUCCCUAAUUUUGCUUCCAUUGCAAGUUCCACAUCUCAGAUCCCGCAUUGUUAGUUCGUGUUCAUACUACUUGGGGUUUCCGGAUCAGACUCGAUUUCAUCAUUAACUUGAAGAAGGUCUUGAUACAUUGAUUAUCAAAUAAUGUCAAGAGUUACCAAAUGGAAAGUUGAGAAGGCUAAAGUCAAAGUUGUUUUUCGGCUCCAAUUUCAUGCUACACAAAUUCCACAAAGUGGAUGGGAGAAGCUAUUUAUAUCUUUUAUUCCUACUGAAACUGGAAAAGCAAUUGCAAAAACAAGCAAAGCAAAUGUAAAAAAUGGGAGUUGCAAAUGGGCAGAUCCUAUUUAUGAAACUACAAGGCUUUUAAUCGAUUCUAAGAGCAAACAAUAUGAUGAUAAGCUCUACAAACUUGUUGUGGGAAUGGGUACUUCAAGAUCUAGCAUCUUGGGUGAGGCUACAAUCAACCUUGCUGAUUAUGCUGAUGCAUCACAACCAUCUGUUAUCAAUCUCCCACUUCAUGGAUCUGAUCUUGGAACCAUUUUGCAUGUUACAGUUCAGCUACUAACAGCUAAAACUGGUUUCAGAGAAUUUGAGCAGCAAAGGGAUAAAGGGCUGCAAAGAGAGAGCGAAUCAAGUGCUGCCAAAUCACCAUCUUCAGAUUCACUGAUACUUGAUGAUCAACUUAACAAGGUAAAGACACAAAGACAAGUGAGACCACAUUCUAAAGACCUUGUAAAUGAAACAGGAAUACAUGAAGAAUAUUCAGAUUCUCAAGUUACAUGUGAUGACUCAUCAAACACAUCAGAAAACUACAAGUAUGAUCCAUCAAUCACUCAUGAAGUUGAUAGCAUCAAGAACAGGGUUACUAAGUCAGAAAAAAGAAACGGAUCUGAUGAAUUGGCAAUUGCUUAUGAAGAGAAUCAAAGGCUCAGAGGUAGCUUGGAGGUUGCUGAGUCAUCGAUUUCCGAGCUCAAAAUGGAAGUAAACACUUUACAGAAUCAUGCAAAUGAAAUGUGUAAAGAAACACAAAAUUUGCAACAAGAACUAGCUAUUGAAGUUGCUUCAAGUCAAGAAUUAAUGAAAGAGGUUACAGAUCUUAAAUCAGAAUGUUCAAGGUUCAAAAACGAUCUACAACAGUUGAAAGAAAUGAAAUUAGAGAAAAUACCAAUUCUACCCCUUCAAGAACUGGGGUCUACAUCAACAAUUGACUCAACAGAAGGGCAAAAUUUGGAACUUUUAAACGAGUUGAAGAUAGCAAAAGCUGAAAGUGAAAGUCUUGUUAGAAAGAUGGAACAAAUGGAGUGUUACUAUGAAGCACUUGUGCAAGAUCUUGAAGAAAACCAAAAAAAGAUUCUUGGAGAGUUUCAAAGCCUAAAAAACGAACACUCAACAUGUGCUUACUCUAUCAAUGAUCAGAUGUUAAGAUUUGAUGAAGAAAGACGUGAAUUGAGUUCCAUUAAUAAGGAGUUACAAAAAAGAGCUACAACUUCAGAAUCAGCUCUGAAAAGGGCUCGAUUGAAUUACUCAAUUGCAGUGAGUCAACUCCAAAAAGAUCUUGACAUGUUGUCUUUUCAAGUUUUGUCCAUGUUUGAAACCAAUCAGACUGUGAUUAAAGAAGCUUUCUCAGAUUCAUCUCAAGGGCAUGAAGAUUUAGUUGAUGAUGAUCACCGGAGUAAGAAUCUUUCAGGUGGUGGUGAUGUGCUUUCCGGUGACCUGAAAAAAUCUUUAAGCUUGCAAGAAAAUAUAUACAAGAAAGUGGAAGAAGAGCUUGGUGAAAUGUGCUCUACAAAUUUGUACUUAGAUAUGUACUCAGGGGCACUUUCGGAAACAUUAAUGGAAGCAGUUUGUCAUAUAAGAAAAACAAAAGAGAAAUUACAAGAAUUGGGACAUGAGUUGGAGGUUUCGAAUGAAUCAAGGGAUGUUUUGUUCAUGAGAUUGCAAACUGCCAUUGAAGAUGUUCAUGCUGUGAAUGCACAGAAUGCGUAUUAUCUUUCAAAGUGUAAUGAUUUGCAAUUGCAAAAUCAAAUGUUGGAAACGGAUUUAGGAAAUGUUUCAAGGGAAAACUUUUUGCUCAUGGAAAAGAUUACUGAAUGUGAAGCGUUGGUUAUGGAGUAUAGAGUUUAUAAAAGCAAACAUGAAGUUGUUUCUGCUGAAAAACUUGAGGUUGAAAGUCUUUUAAAAGUACAAGUUUUUGAUAAUCAGAAGCUUCAAAAAGAUUUGUCAUCCGUGAAGGAAGAAUUAGAAGCUUUCAGAUCUCAAGUUCAUAAUCUUGAGAAGGAAAAAGAUAUGGCAAGAUCAGAAGUUGAUGAUGUGAAGAGGAGAUUCAAGAAUGGUUUGCAUGAAAUGGUGAUGAAAUUAGGCAACCCGAAUGAAUCUUUGGAAAAGGUUCAAUUCCAACUGGAAUCGGUUUCAAACAAAUUGAAAAACAGUUUGGAAUCAGGUGAAAGACAUUUGGAGAACAGUGAAGUGAUUUUAAAGUACCUCUUGUCUUUGGAACUUGAGGUGGAAAGAAUGUCAUCAGAAGAUAGAAACUUUGUUGACCAAGUCAAAGGAUUGGAAGCAAUAGUUGAAGAAUUUGAAAAGAGUAAGUUGAUUCUUUCUGAGUUGAAGCAAGAAAAUCAAGAUUUUGUUUUGGAGAUUAAUAGGAUGAAAGAAAGCUUGAGAUUUGUGAAUGAUGAAUUGGGGGUUGAAAAGGACAUAAAAGGGAAACUAGAGGGUAUUGUUUCAUGUCUGACCUUGGAACUUGAAAGUCAAAGAUCAGAGGUUGACCAUGUUAGGAAACUUUCAUCAGAUCAAGAAUCAGAAAACUCAAGAGUUGUUCAACUUCUUGAACAACAUGAAACUCAGAUGCAUAAAAGCAUGAUAUGUGAAGAUCUAAAACUUACUUUUGUUAAAUCUCAAUAUGAAAGUAAGAUCGAGGAGCUUGUCAAAAAGAAUCUUGAUGAAGAGGCAAAGUUGAAUGAUUUGAUCACAAGUGAAGCUCGAUAUAUCAAAGAAAACGAAAAGUUGUUGACAACAAUUGAAUCUCUUAGAUUGGAAUCAAACAAUUCAAUCAAACAAUGGGAGGAUAAAGUUGGAAUUCUUGAGAAAGAGGUUGAGCAAUUGAAGGAACUUCAAGUGAAACUUCAUGAUGCAGAAGCAAGAUUGAAUGAACAUGUUGAAGAAAAUGAGUUGUUGUCAAGAACCCUUAAGUCUCUUAGAUUGGAACUUAAGGCUUCUAUUGCUAACAAUAAUGAAAUUUCAGAAUCAAAAAGAAUGCUUGAGAUUAGUCUAAUGGAGGUAAAUAAUGAGCAAUUGAAACAACUUCAAGUGAAGCUUCAUGAAAUGGAAGCAAGAUUGAAUGAAGUUGUUGAAAGUGAAGCUUCUUAUAUCACAGAAAACGAGAAGUUGUCAACAACUCUUGAAUCUCUUCAUUUGGAAUUGAAGGAUUCAAUUGCUCACAAUGCUGAAAUCUCAGAAGCCAAUAACAAGUAUGCUCUUGAGAUAGGUCAACUGAAGGGCAUUCUGGUCAAAUCUGAGGUGGAAAUCGAACAGAAUCGUGAACUUCAAAUCAAGCUUCAUGAUACAGAGGCAAGAUUGAAUGAAUGUUUGGAAAAUGAAGCUAGUUACAUCAAAGAGAACAACAAUUUGGAAAAAGAUCUUGAAUCUUGUAGAUUGAAAUUGGAGGCUUCAAUUCUUCAAAAUGCAGGAGUUUCAGAAGCUAAUAAGGAUCAUGUUCUUGAGAUAAGUCAACUGAAAGACAAUUUGGUCAAAUCUGAGGUGGAAAUCGGGGAACUUCAAAUGAAACUUCAUGAUACAGAGGCAAGAUUGAACAAUUGUUUGGAAAAUGAAGCUCAUUAUAUCAAAGAAAAUGAGAAAUUGUCAAGAACCCUAGAAUCUGUUCGAUUGGAAUUAGAGGCUUCUAUUGCUCAAAAUGCUGAAAUUUCAGAAGCCAAUAAUGAGCAUGCUCUUGAGAUAAGUCAAUUGAAAGACAUGUUGGUCAAAUCUGAGUCAGAGAUUGGACAGAUUCAUGAACUUCAAAUGAAACUUCAAGAUACAGAAGCAAGAUUCAGCAAUAGUAUGGAAAAUGAAGCUCAUUACAUUAAAGAGACAAAAAAUCUAGCAACUAAACUUGAAUCUUGUAGAUUAGAGUUGCAGGAAUCUAUUGCUCAUAAUGAAGAAAUUUCAAAAUCAAAUAACAUAAAGGUGAAAAUGCUCGAGGCUAGUUUGAUGGAAGCGAAGCAUGAGCUUGAAACAGAGCUUCUUGAUGCAAAAGAAAGAUUGGAUCAAAUUGUUGAAAGUGAGGCUUUUUAUAUUGCAGAAAAUGAAUCCCUAAGAUCAGAGUUAGAUGCUAUCAAGAAAAAGAUUACAUUUUUGGAAAAUAAAAAGGUGGUGGAGUCUACAGAUGAUGUGUUCUUUAUGAGAGAAGAAUCUGAGAUUCUGUUGGUGGUUUUGAAAGCAAAGUUGGAUGAACAGAAUGAUGAAUUGAUCAUGAUUCAGAAUAAAUGUAAUGAACUUACACACAAGCUUUCUGAACAGAUUCUGAAAACAGAAGAAUUCAAGAAUUUGUCUGUAUAUUUAAAGGAGAUGAAAGAAAAAAGUGAGAAAAAAGAACCUGAAGGGCCUACAGAAUCAUUAAGAAUGGCAUUUAUAAAAGAACAACAUCAAGCAAAACUUCAAGAAUUAAAACAACAGCUUUCUGUUUCCAAAAGACAUGGUGAAGAAAUGUUGUUUAAAUUACAAGAUGCCCUUGAUGAAAUUGAGAGCAGGAAGAAGUCUGAAGCUUUACAGUUGAAAAGAAUUGAAGAAUUGGAAGCUGAGGUCGAAUCUGUAAUUUCUGAUAAACCUGAUCAUGAUCGGAUACAAGCUGAACUUGAAUGUGCUAUCUUGAGCCUUGAAUGUUGCAAAGAAGAAAAAGAAAAGCUUGUUGCUUUAUUACAAGAAAGUGAAGAGGAAAAGUCUAGAAUUUCAGUUGAAGUUUCUUUGAUGAAAGAGCAGAUUUCCCAAAAAGACGAAAAUGGUCAUACGGGUGUAAAUGGUGAAUCCAAACAGAGAAGCAUUCAUGGUGAAGAUGAAGAGAAUUCAUUGUCGAAUGAUUCAAAGCAAUUAAUGGUUGUUAAUGAUCAAUUCAGAGCUCAACAUUUAAGAUCUUGCAUGGAACAACUAGAUGAAGAGUUGGAAAAAAUGAAAAACGAUAAUUCGAUUCUUCCAUUGACUAAUUAUGAUCCGGGAUUUCAAGAUUUACAAAAGGAACUUUCACAACUACAAAAGGCCAAUGAAGAGUUAGGAAGCAUAUACCCUAAUUUUAUCGAAUUCCCGGGAAACGGGAAUGCAUUACAACGGGUGCUUGCUUUAGAAAUCGAGCUUGCAGAAGCACUUAGAACAAAGAAGAAAUCAAGCAUCCAAUUCCAAAGUUCUUUCCUUAAACAACAUAGUGAUGAGGAGGCAGUGUUGAAGAGUUUUCGGGAUAUAAAUGAAUUGAUUAAAGAUAUGUUGGAAAUUAAAGGGAAGUAUGUGAAUGUUGAAAAUGAAUUGAAGGAAAUGCAUGAAAGAUAUUCAGAGUUAAGUUUGCAGCUUGCUGAGGUGGAAGGAGAGAGACAGAAGCUGAUGAUGACACUCAAGAAUGUCAGAUCUUCAAGGAAUUUGCUUCGAUCCAAUCGUUCAUCAAUGGCUGUGAAUGUGAUUGAAGAUCGAAAAAUUAGUGAAAAUGAUGCACUUUUGUGAAUUGUGAAUAACAAUCAAUGAAUCUUGGAAUUCUUGAUUAUGAUGAUGGUGUAAAUAGUAUAAAUUUCUCAAUGGUUGUUAAUGGGUUUUAUUUAUAACAUUCAGAAUAUGCCCUUUUUUUGACUGUAAUCUCCAUGUAAUUCAUAGUUUUUUAUAUGUAUAGUAAAGUUUAUUCUUUUAUUAUGUAAUGUUAUGUUAUUUUCUCUGAUGCAA